CCUGGUCUGAAAUAUAGCUAUAGGUCUCCGGGGGGUGGGAGGGAGAGAUGAAAUUCCCACAGCUUCAUAACUGCUAAAGAAAACGUAUUAGAACUGUGAUCAGUGAUAAGUGGUGUUUAAUGUUGUAUGUUUGUACAGGUGAAAAAGCACAAGAAGUUUCUUAUGGUCAUACUGAUCAGGGUCUUAAAUGAUCCUUUCAGUUCUGAAGUCAUUGGCGAGAGCAUGAAAGCAGUGGCCAAAGUCCUGAAGGAGCUGAAAGAGAAGGACAUAGGUUCUUCCUUCAGAGACCUCACCCAACAGAUCCGGACCUACUUUGACAAUGAGGAUGAUGCUCUUCAUUUAUUGGCCUUUGUCCUAUUUGGCAUCCUGGCCCGCCUGACAAAAAGAAAAUGGAAGACCUAUUUCGCCGACCAGGUUAGACAGAGCUGGGUCACACUUCUGCUGCACCUGUAAGACCCGAACCCCCAGGUUU